GGCCCGGGGAGGCGAUGGCUGCGGAUCUGGUGGUGCUGCUCUGCCUGGCCGCCGCCGCGGCCGCCGUGGAAGAAACUUUGAUGGAUACGCGGACGGCAACGGCCGAGCUGGGCUGGACUGCCAACCCUCCUUCGGGGUGGGAAGAAGUCAGUGGCUACGACGAAAACCUCAACACCAUCCGAACGUACCAGGUGUGCAACGUCUUCGAGCCCAACCAGAACAACUGGCUCCUCACCACGUUCAUCAACCGGCGUGGAGCUCACCGCAUCUACACCGAGAUGCGCUUCACUGUGCGGGACUGCAGCAGCCUCCCCAAUGUCCCUGGCUCCUGCAAGGAGACCUUCAACCUCUACUACUACGAGACAGACUCUGUCAUUGCCACCAAGAAGUCCGCCUUCUGGACGGAGGCACCCUACCUCAAAGUGGACACCAUUGCUGCUGACGAGAGCUUCUCCCAGGUGGACUUUGGUGGUAGGUUGAUGAAGGUGAACACAGAAGUGAGAAGUUUUGGGCCCCUGACCCGCAAUGGCUUUUACCUGGCUUUCCAGGACUACGGGGCUUGUAUGUCUCUGCUGUCCGUCAGGGUCUUCUUCAAGAAGUGCCCCAGUGUGGUGCAGAACUUCGCCAUCUUCCCGGAGACGAUGACAGGAGCGGAGAGCACCUCUCUAGUGACUGCCCGCGGCACCUGCAUCCCCAACGCUGAGGAGGUGGACGUGCCCAUCAAACUGUACUGCAAUGGGGAUGGGGAGUGGAUGGUCCCCAUCGGCCGCUGUACAUGCAAGGCUGGUUAUGAGCCGGAGAACAACGUGGCUUGCAAAGCCUGCCCAGCAGGGACGUUCAAGGCCAGCCAGGGUGCGGGGGUCUGCACACCAUGCCCCUCCAACAGCCGCUCCACCGCUGAGGCCUCACCAGUCUGCACGUGCCGCAAUGGCUACUACCGGGCAGAUUUCGACCCACCGGCAGCUGCCUGCACCAGUGUCCCUUCCGGACCCCGUAAUGUCAUCUCCAUUGUCAAUGAGACGUCCAUCAUCCUGGAGUGGCACCCGCCACGAGAGACGGGGGGUCGGGAUGAUGUCACCUACAACAUCGUCUGCAAGAAGUGCCGGUCAGACCGACGCACCUGCUCCCGCUGUGAUGACAAUGUGGACUUUGUCCCCAGGCAGCUGGGGCUGACAGAGACCCGGGUCUUCAUCAGCAACCUGUGGGCACACACGCCCUACACCUUUGAAAUCCAGGCUGUCAAUGGGGUUUCCAACAAGAGCCCCUUCCCACCACAGCAUGUCUCCGUCAACAUCACCACCAACCAAGCCGCACCCUCCACUGUCCCCAUCAUGCACCAGGUGAGUGCCACAAUGAGGAGCAUCACACUCUCCUGGCCUCAGCCCGAGCAGCCCAACGGCAUCAUCCUGGACUAUGAGAUCCGCUACUAUGAGAAGGUCAGCCGUAUCUGCACGCCUGAUGUCAGCAGCACCGUGGGCUCCAGGCCGGCAGCGGACCACAACGAGUACAACUCCUCCAUGGCCCGCAGCCAGACCAACACGGCCAGGAUCGAGGGGCUGCGACCCGGCAUGGUGUACGUGGUACAGGUGCGAGCCCGCACCGUGGCCGGCUACGGCAAGUACAGCGGGAAAAUGUGCUUCCAGACGCUGACGGAUGAUGACUACAAGUCGGAGCUGAGAGAACAGCUGCCUUUGAUCGCGGGGUCCGCAGCAGCCGGGGUGGUCUUCAUCGUCUCGCUGGUGGCCAUUUCUAUUGUCUGCAGCAGGAAGCGCGCCUACAGCAAGGAGGCGGUGUACAGCGAUAAAUUACAGCACUACAGCACCGGGCGAGGGUCUCCAGGGAUGAAGAUCUACAUCGACCCCUUUACUUACGAGGACCCCAACGAGGCGGUCCGAGAGUUUGCCAAGGAGAUUGAUGUAUCCUUUGUGAAGAUUGAAGAAGUCAUUGGAGCAGGGGAGUUUGGAGAAGUGUAUAAAGGACGCCUGAAGUUGCCUGGCAAGCGGGAGAUCUACGUGGCCAUCAAAACGCUCAAAGCUGGCUACUCCGAGAAGCAGCGCCGGGAUUUCCUGAGUGAGGCCAGCAUCAUGGGGCAGUUUGACCACCCCAACAUCAUUCGGCUAGAAGGGGUGGUGACCAAAAGCCGACCAGUCAUGAUCAUCACAGAAUUCAUGGAGAACGGGGCCCUGGACUCGUUCCUGCGGCAAAACGAUGGGCAGUUCACAGUGAUCCAGCUGGUGGGGAUGCUCAGAGGAAUUGCUGCCGGGAUGAAGUACCUUGCAGAGAUGAAUUAUGUGCACCGAGAUCUGGCUGCCAGGAACAUCCUGGUCAACAGCAACCUGGUGUGCAAAGUGUCCGACUUUGGCCUCUCACGCUACUUGCAGGAUGAUACAUCUGACCCCACCUACACCAGCUCCUUGGGGGGGAAGAUCCCCGUCAGGUGGACAGCGCCGGAGGCCAUCGCCUACCGCAAGUUCACCUCGGCCAGCGACGUCUGGAGCUACGGCAUCGUCAUGUGGGAAGUGAUGUCGUUUGGGGAGAGGCCCUACUGGGACAUGUCUAACCAAGAUGUCAUCAAUGCCAUCGAGCAGGAUUACCGGCUCCCGCCACCCAUGGACUGUCCUGCCGCCCUGCACCAGCUGAUGCUGGACUGCUGGCAGAAGGACCGCAACACCCGCCCGCGCUUCACUGAGAUAGUCAACACCCUCGAUAAAAUGAUCCGCAACCCGGCAAGCCUCAAAACUGUGGCUACCAUCACCGCUGUGCCUUCUCAGCCCCUCCUCGACCGCUCCAUCCCCGACUUCACUGCCUUUACCUCAGUAGACGACUGGCUGAGUGCCGUGAAGAUGAGCCAGUAUCGGGACAGCUUCCUGACUGCUGGCUUCACCUCCCUGCAGCUUGUUGCCCAGAUGACGUCCGAAGACCUCCUGAGAAUAGGGGUGACUUUGGCUGGGCACCAGAAGAAGAUUCUGAACAGCGUCCAGUCCAUGCGAGUACAGAUGAGUCAGUCUCCGACCUCGAUGGCAUGACGUCCCUUGUUCAACAGGGAGGGGACAGGGAGGGCACGCAGUGGAAGGGCAGAGGUGGGAGGGGAGAAACUGACGGGCGCCGUGGAGCACCGUUUGGAGGGGUGCCACCGCUGCCUGGGGACUGUGACUGCAGACGAAGGGUGUUCCUAGGACUCAUCUCUAACUGGUGACUUCCGUUCCUCACCAACAGAAGCACACUUACCAAUGUCAUGGGGAACAGCAUAUAAAUACAUAUAAAUAUGUACAAAUCAUAUAUUUAAAAAACAAAACAAAACAAAAAA